GUAUGCUGCGGAGUGGAUGCUGAAAGUUAUAUGGUGCAAAGAGAUCGAUAUUCUCUUUGCAUGCGGAUCGAUCAUGCUCAAGCUCAUUUGCGCCAUUCUCAAUAUGGAAAUUUCUGCCGCUGCUGCCUGAGGAUUUCAUCUUUCCAACCGAUCAAUCAGGUCAUACGGACGUCGUCAAAAUGGAGAGGUAUCUGAGGCAGAACUUUGAUGUCGUGCCGAAGAAUCCAUCAGAAGACGCCUUAAAGAGAUGGAGAUCCGCCGUAUGGCUAGUCAAGAAUCCCCGGAGGAGGUUUCGUAUGGUCGCUGAUCUCACCAAACGCGCUGAGGUCAAUCGCGAACGCAGGAAAUUGCAGAGGAAUUUCAGAGUAGCUCUUACUGUCCAGACAGCAGCUCUGCAUUUCAUUGAUGCUGGGAGUCAAGCAGAAGUGACACCAACUGAGUUAUCAGCAACACAAGCUGGUUUUGAGAUCGAACCAGACAUACUAGCUUCUAUUAUCCGUAAACAUGAGAUCAAGGGUCUGGAUUCUAAAGGAGGAUUGGAAGGGAUAGCGCAUAAACUCCAUGUUUCUCUGGUAGAUGGAAUUGUUUCGAAUGACAUAUCUCGCAGACAGAAGGCUUAUGGUUUCAACCGUUUCAUUGAAAAGCCUUCAAAGCCAUUUUGGAUGUUUGUUUGGGAGGCUCUACAUGACUUAACUCUCUUAAUCCUCAUGGUUUGUGCUGCAGUAUCCGUCGGAGUUGGAAUCGCCACAGAAGGCUGGCCUGCAGGAAUGUAUGAUGGUAUAGGGAUAUUACUUUGCAUUUUCUUGGUGGUUAUAGUUACUGCAACUAGUGACUAUAAACAAUCUUUACAAUUCAUUGAUUUGGAUAAGGAGAAGAAGAAUAUAAUUGUUCAAGUUACUAGAGAUGGGAACAGACAGAAGGUUUCUAUUUAUGAUUUAGUUGUUGGGGAUAUUGUUCAUUUAUCUAUAGGAGAUCAAGUUCCAGCUGAUGGGUUGUUUAUAUCUGGCUAUAGUUUGACAGUUGAUGAAUCAAGCUUAUCAGGUGAAUCUCAGCCGGUUAAUAUUACUAAAAAGAAGCCUUUCCUUUUAUCCGGGACUAAGGUUCAAGAUGGUUCUGGUAAAAUGUUGGUUGGUUCUGUCGGGAUGAGGACAGAAUGGGGAAGAUUGAUGGAGACAUUAAGCGAAGGAGGUGAGGACGAGACGCCAUUACAAGUUAAGCUUAACGGGGUAGCAACUGUCAUUGGGAAGAUCGGUUUAGCCUUUGCUAUACUCACGUUCUUUGUUCUCACUUCGCGGUUUAUCAUAGGAAAGAUCGCUCAUCACGAAAUGUGGAGUUGGUCAUCGAGUGACGUUUUGAGCCUCUUGAAUUUCUUCGCGAUUGCGGUCACGAUUCUCGUAGUUGCGGUUCCGGAAGGUUUGCCACUGGCGGUUACUCUGAGUCUUGCUUUCGCGAUGAAGAAGUUGAUGAACGAUAAGGCUUUGGUCAGGCAUCUUUCAGCCUGCGAGACAAUGGGAUCAGCCAGCUGUAUUUGUACGGACAAGACAGGAACCUUAACAACAAAUCAUAUGAUUGUGACCAAAUUAUGGAUUAAAGGUGAAGCUAAACAAAUUGAUAAUCAAAGUGGAAAUGCAUUGAAGUCUUCUUUAUCACAAGGCUUACUAGACAUAAUGCUGCAGUCCAUAUUCCAAAAUACAAGUGCUGAAAUAGUGAAAUCAAAAGACAGGACAACAACCCAUGUUUUGGGCACGCCAACUGAGUCGGCGUUAUUGGAAUUCGCGCAAAUAUUUAAACAUGCCAAUUGGACAGAGGGCAAGAUUGAAAAAAUCGAACCUUUCAACUCUGUCAAGAAAAAGAUGUCUGUUCUUGUGGCUCUUCCCAAUGGUAAGAAACGAGCAUUCUGCAAAGGCGCGUCGGAAAUCAUCCUAAGAAUGUGUGAUAAGGUUGUUAAUGAAAAUGGGGAAUCUGUCUCUCUUCCAGAAGAACAGAGGAAAAAAAUAACAGAUGUAAUCAAUGAAUUUGCCUGUGAAGCCCUUAGAACUCUCUGUUUAGCUUUCAAGGACAUAGAGGGUAAUGAAGGAAAUAAAGAAAAUAUUCCUGAUGAGAAAUACACUCUUGUAGCAGUUGUUGGGAUUAAGGAUCCAGUUCGUCCAGGGGUAAAAGAGGCAGUCAAGACUUGCUUAGCUGCCGGAAUUACAGUUAGGAUAGUCACUGGUGACAAUAUCAACACGGCUAAAGCCAUAGCUAGAGAGUGUGGUAUCUUGACAGAAGGUGGUCUUGCUAUUGAAGGACCUGAUUUUCGUGAGAAAACCCCAGAGGAGCUCAGGACUAUUAUACCAAAACUUCAGGUCAUGGCAAGAUCAUUACCAAUGGAUAAACACAAAUUGGUUACAUAUUUGAGAAAAGAUCUAUUAGAAGUUGUUGCAGUUACUGGUGACGGGACUAAUGAUGCCCCUGCAUUGCACGAGGCAGACAUCGGACUUGCCAUGGGAAUAGCUGGAACCGAGGUUGCAAAAGAAAAUGCGGAUGUGGUCAUAAUGGACGACAACUUCUCAACAAUUGUGAAGGUUACCAGAUGGGGGCGAUCUGUUUAUGUUAACAUACAGAAGUUUGUUCAGUUCCAACUGACAGUUAAUGUUGUCGCACUCAUGAUCAAUUUUAUCUCUGCAUGCGUUUCAGGAUCUGCUCCACUUACUGCUGUUCAACUGCUAUGGGUAAACAUGAUAAUGGACACAUUAGGGGCCUUAGCUUUAGCCACAGAGCCUCCUAGUGAUGAACUAAUGAGAAAGCCACCAAUAGGAAGGCAGGUAAGUUUCAUAACUAAGGUUAUGUGGAGGAAUAUUAUAGGACAAAGCAUUUAUCAAUUGGGUGCACUCAUUGUCCUCAAAUUUGGUGGGAAAGAUCUCCUUAAUAUCAAUGGAGAAAAUUCUGAGUCCAUUCUCAACACAGUCAUAUUCAAUGCCUUUGUGUUUUGCCAGGUAUUUAACGAGAUAAAUAGUCGUGACAUGGAGAAAAUUAAUGUUUUAGCGGGUAUUUGUGAUAGCUGGAUAUUUAUGGCGGUCAUAGCCUCAACAGUCUCGUUUCAAGUGGUCUUAGUUGAACUGUUGUGUGCUUUUGCUGGAACCACACCUUUAAGCCUAAACCUGUGGGUUGUAUGUGUGUUAAUCGGAGCCUUCGGGUUAGUUGUCUCGGUUGUUCUGAAAUGCAUCCCAGCCGAGUUCAAGCAAACCACAUCUACCCACGAUGGUUAUGAACCACUACCCAGUGGCCCGGAACUCGCAUGAGACAUCAGUCCAUGCCCAUGAAUUUAUUUAUUUUCCAUUACAACUUAUUUUCAUUUAUGUACACCUUAAUUUUCAUAGGUAAGCAAUAGAGAAUUAGAAUCCUAACUCUUAUGUUUAGAAACCAAAUUUUGUUAUGCAUUAUUAUUGCUUUGUUUUAAGGAUUGUGUCUUCCAUAAUCCAUUGGGCUGAAGUUUUGUACACAAGCAAUAUUGUCAUCAAGUUGCUAACUGGCUAUGCUAUUUUUUUUACUGUUUGUUUUU